AUGAUCUACCCUCAGUCUCAAACAACCACCACGGCCCAGUCUCCUGUCAUGUCUUCGCCGUCAUCAUCAGCAUCCCCACCAGAAAUGGUCUCCCUGCCACCCACGCCGCUGACUGUGGACACGGCACUUGCGUUGGUCCGUGAAGGCCGCCCCCAAGUUGAGCCCAACUCGGGCUUCAUCAAGCAACUCCGCAUGUACGAGGCCAUGGGCUGCCCGACGACGCAGGAGCAGCUGGAGAGCCACAAGAUUUACCGAAGAUGGAUGAACUCGCGGAAUGUGCUGGACGCGCUGAGCGAAAACCGGGCGCCAGAGAUGGACCACAUUAGUUUUCGCGACGAAGAAGACGACGACGAGAACGGCCAGGGGGACGGUGCUCACGGCUUAGACCAAGCCGGCGCAAGCGCAGGCAACAGAAGCGACCCCUUUAGCGACAGGGUACAGAGCCUUACUUUGCUUGACCCAGACAGCGACGAGCCGACCGAGAUCCUGAACCCGGACAUUACGCUGUCGUCGCCCUCGCCGGCGCCUCCCCUACCGGCAAACGUCGAGAUCAAGUGCCGCAAAUGCCGCCGCCUGUUGGCCAGGUCCAGCUUCAUCCUGCCUCACAAGCCUCCGGCGCACCGUGACCCUUCGGCAGCCGUGGGCGCUGACCCUUGCGCUCACAUCUUUCUCCACCCUCUCUCGUGGAUGAGGCCCGUCCUCUCCCAAGGCCAGUUGGACGGCCGACUGACGUGCCCGACACAAUGGUGCGGGGCCAACAUUGGCAAAUUUGCGUGGCAGGGCCUGCGCUGCAGCUGUGGCGGGUGGGUGACGCCUGGUUUUGGAUUGGCCAAGGGGAAGGUGGACGAGGUGCGCCGCCAUGAUGUAGGAAGCUCUACGCGGGCAAUAAAAGGAGGACCACCAGGCUCAGGCCAGGGCCAGGGAUCUGGGAGUGGACAUGGAAACGGAGACGCCACGAAACCAGUCUUCAACUCUACGAGUAACAGUGGCGCGGUGAGGUAUCCUCCUGGAAUGAGGCGGGCGGGGAAUGGCAACUUGUGA